AAAUGACCAGAUUGAAGCAGGUCGACGUCAUUGGGCCACGUUCUUCUGGAGGUUUGCCGACGCCACUCAUCUCAAUAGACGUUUGAGUCAAUUUCAGCUGGUUGGAGUGUUUUUCUGUGGGUCAAUCCGCUCGGUUCCCGCAUCCCUGGGGCUCCUUCAUUUCUGCUUUUCUCCUGCCCUACUACACCUACCUGAAGCGCUUGUGUUGUCUUACUGCUUUGCCUGCCUGCUAGUCCUGUAGCGAUCGGGGUAGUCUGACGUGUGCUGGGUCUUAGGCAUCGGGGGUUCGAAUCCGAUGGCAGGCAAAAAUGAUCGAGACCGGACCAAGGUCAUCCAGGAUCGCCUGCAGGUGUUGCUCACGCAAAUGCUCAAGGAUGAUGACAACAAAUACUGUGUGGAUUGUGACAGCAAAGGUCCCCGAUGGGCCUCAUGGAACUUGGGCAUGUUCCUGUGCAUUCGAUGUGCCGGGAUUCACCGCAAUCUCGGCGUGCACAUUUCCAAGGUGAAGUCUGUCAACCUGGAUUCCUGGACCCCGGUCCAAGUCGCGAGCAUGCAACUCAUGGGCAACAGUCGGGCUCGGGCCGUGUACGAAGCCAAUUUGCCCGACGGGUUUAUCCGACCGCAAAAUGAUCAGGCCUUGGAGCAAUUCAUUCGAGCCAAGUACGAAAAAAAGAAGUACAUUGCCCAGGAGUACGUCCCAGAGGCGCCGCCGGACUUUCCUGACGGCUGGUACCAACUGAUCGAGGCUGAGAAGCAGAAGAAGGACCGUUAGAAGAAGGACCGUUAGAAGAAGGACCGUUAGAAGGUCAAACCUGAAUGAUCCCACAGUACGUGUUCAUUGCAAACAGUGCAGCACUCCAGCCUUCUCGCUCCUUAAAGACAAUUUGAAGGGGAGGAAACCAAAAAAAUGACUUCACGCCCUCUGCCGCCUUAUACAGUCAGCAGUUGGAUGUGUCCUCAUUGCAGAUUUCUUUUGUCCAUCCUUAGUAAUGUAACUAUCAUUAUUAUCAUUGUUAUUAUUAUUACUACUAUUAUUAAUGUUAUCAUUACCACCAUUAUUAUUAUCAUUAUUAUUCUCGUCAUCAUCCUGAUACGUUUUCCUCUCUCUCGCGUUUUCGUCCUCCGUUAAAUCACGGAAUGUUCCGCCAAUUCUGAGAUGAAAAAGAAACCUGGUAAUGAGCUUUUCCGACAUGUUCUUCCUUCCUCUCCUUUCCAUUGUACCCACUUUGUAUUUGAGUGACUUUCAAUUCCUAUUUACAGGUAUUUAAAUGCUCAAAAUAUAUUUUUUUUUUCGUCA